AUGGGGAAGAGGCUGGCCACAUCGAUAGCUAUGACAACCACCACUUCCGGUCCGUUCUUCUUUAGGACCCAUCUUAGCGCGCCCGCGCGAAAUUCGUAUCCCGCUGCUUCUAGGCACAUGCUUGGGCGAGGGGAUGGGGGUGGGGAAAGCACUGAACGGACGUGCCUGCGUGCGGAGGGCCAGGGAACCCCGGCACCGGAGGCUGCUACUACGCCGGACGGCUGCGUGGCCGCUCAGUGCGGCAACACCCCCAAGUCUGGGAAGUCGCGGCUUCGCUUCGCCAAGGACGGGGCUGUCGGCUGCCGCGCCAGUUGAUACGGGAGCAUUGGCCGCUCGGUCACCUGCUCUGGCCACUUCGCCCCGGCCUGUUUUGACGUCCCUUCGGUUUUCCAGAAGAACCUUUGCUUCUCCCAGCCUCUGAGGCUCGUGGCGAGUGCCGUGCCCACCCCGUAUCAGGUGCCCGCCCAGCACCUAAGGGGGAAGGAGAGAGACCAAGUGGGCGCCCCCGGAAAGGGAGGAGAGCUCCAGGCAACCAGGCAUUCGGAGGCUACCUCGGGUCCAGCCUUCUGUUUACUCCUCCGGGCCGGGAAGAGGGUUGCCGCUUCACAGGUAAAGGGAAGCCCUGCAGUCCACCGAGGUUGCACUGGAACCUCCAGUACAAUUAUAUGUAAAAAUGAAGCUAUCCAAAGGCAAGUCAAUGCUGACAAUUGAUCUAAUGAUGCCACUUCAGUACCUACUCCCCGUGAGGAAAGCCCAGUGCAUAAAAGUACACAAAUUCCUUUGAAAAUACCCCCUCACCUAAGCGUAGGUAUUCAGGCCAAAGUGAAAGUGCUUGGAAAAUGUCUGUGUAACACAACUCCUCAGACAGAAUCGUGGCCUGGACCUCCCUCCUCCUUUGACGUUGACUCCAGUGACUCAGAAACAGGUACAGACUGGGAUAUCAGGAGUGAACACAAUGAUUUGUCUUAUAUAGCUAUGGAGGUAAAAGACAAAACAUAUUAAAAACAACAACAUCAAAGGUUUUGAUGUCCUAUAGAUUUUCAAAUAUUUAUUCACAUAAUUAUCUCUUUGCUUUUGUAAAUCUUUCACUUCAACAUAAUUUGACAGUUGCAUAUCAGGGAAAUUUAACUCUAAGGGAAAAAUUUGCCUGCCUGCAGAGAUAAUCCUGUCCUAC